AGCCAGUGGCAGUUUCCCGUCUCUCCCCCGCGAUGGCGUCCCUCCGGUAUCUGUCGGCAUACUGCAGUACCGAUGCUCCGAAGGCGGCUUUUGCUAUCCCGCCGGUGCCCCUCACUGCAGACAAGAGUGCGGCCGCGGUGAAGGCUGAGACCGCCAUCAACAGCUUGGCAACCGAUGACCUGUCGAAGCUCUCGCACUACAACGCCUUGACGGUGCUGAAUUCCCUUCUCACUUUAUACAACAGGUGAACCGCCUUCAGUGCUCAUUCUGCAAUGGAAUCAUUAUGUUGGACGUGUUCGCGUGUGUCUGUAUGCGCAGCUUCGCGCUCUUCCACAGGAGUAAGGGCGACUUCAACACUGCACUGCUGUAUCUGCGCAAGGCCCUGGAGAGCUGCCUGGUCGCCCCGGAAAGCGUCGCAACACACCAUACCAUUCUUCUGUCAAGAUCAAGAACCAGGCUCAAUGCCAGCAUCCUUCUGCCGAGUAAGAUAAGCAGCACCGCCAUGCCUUUCUUGCACUGGCAUUGCUGUGUAUGCAGAGCUGGGCCAGCACCGCCAUGCGUGUCAGCAAGCUCGGGGUUCGGCUGUUGAGGCGGAUUGUCUGCUGCAGCUGAAGACCUACAAACACAAGCCACCGGCGGCCGACUUUCUGCAGGAGGCAGUGAGCAAUGAGAUCAUAGUUCUAAAUCACAACUGUGUGCCCGUACUGCAUGAGCCAUUGUGUGUCCGUGCAGUGUGUCACGGCGGUGCUGGCUCGCCACCAUCUGGCAUCGGGUACCCUGAGCAGGAUGGAGACACUGAUGCAACCAGCGAAUGUGUUGAAUGCAUGAUCUUUCCUCGGCAGAGCUGGAGCACACAAAGGCCCUGGGCAGAAGCCAUCACGAGGAAGUGCUUGUAAGACGACAGAACCAAGACACAGACGGGGAAAAAGGUUGCAUCUGUUCAUGCCUUUGCGUCUUACCAGCGGCUAUACCAGGAGGCUGAUACUUUGGCGCAGACACACUUGCCGUCAGACCAUCCGGCUAAACAGAUGGCGCGCGACUGCCUCAGAGCGAAACGCAGAAGCCCCGCGACAAAGGUGAGAGAAAUCCGCACUGGCCAGUGGCCACUCACAAGGCACUCACUGUAAUGAUUGCUGUGCAUUGCAGAAAGGCCAGGAGCCUCAACCCCUGAGGAAAGGCCAGCCGAACACCCGCAGUCUCCCGCAGAUUAGCAUCUUGCGUCCGUUGCCCCUCCCUGACCCACCCAUAGCUCAUUCGACGUCCCCCCUGCCCCCCAUUGUCGAGGCGACGGAGGGCUCUCGACAUGUGCACCGCGGCCACAAGUCGCAGCCCAACCUUCACCAUGACACGUCCCUCCCAUCUCUCCGACAGGCCGCACCCCAGCGGCCAAAGAAGAAAGCCAGGAAGGCGGGCAAGGAGCAACAGCGAUCCGUCAAGUCCCUGGCUCCGUCGCCCCUUCCAUCAGUGAGCAAGAAACCGCCAGAGCCCGUCUCCCUCGCAGACAGCGAGAAGAGGGACGAGCUGAGGAUCAGCGACGGACGGCAGGCCAUACUCGACGCCUAUGCCGUCAUGCCUCGACCCGACUUCGCCCGCGGCAGGCGGCAAAGGCCGGCGGAUGAGCCUGACAAUUGCGUCCCCGCAGAGCGUCCCUCGGUAACCGUCGACCCGUUCCCCCCUCCUCCCCCCUGUCGACCAUCGCAGCAGCAGGACCAGCACUGGCGAUGCAUCCGAGCGCACAUCGGUGUCAUCCGUACGGCAGCCGCGGCAUCAUCAACACGAAGGGAGGCGGCGCAGCGACAUGGCCAAACCGAGAGAAGGGAAAGAGAAACAAGGCCGGAGGGCCACUGUGGUGGUGGAGGCCAGGGCCUCUGUGGCUUCCGUGGUGGUUGAGGGGUCACAGUGUGAGCGGCCUGUGGCGGCGGACUCUUUGCCUGAUCGACCGGACAUCAUUCGGCGGAAGAUAGAGAGGCAGCUCAUGGAGGACGGUAGGCAUUGGGCAGAAGGAAAGCUCUUACGUGUCUCUGUUUGUCUACGUGUCUCUCCUGGCGUUGCUCUGGACGCGUGUGUGUGUAUGUAGAGUGGGCGGUAGAGCACUUAUGGCUGCCACGUUUGCGCGAGAAAACGCACGAGCACCGACAAGACAUCAAGACACGGCCCCCGGUACGUGAGACACUGCACAACAGCAGACCACACAUGGACGUGGCUGUCUGCAGGACGAGAUAUUGGACCUUCACGACUACUACUGGCCCAGCUGCUACAACUACUUCCGAUACAGACAAAAGAAGUAUGCAAUCACACUGUCACCUCUCACAACACAGACAGACGUCCUCUGUCACGUGCAUGCAGCACCGAAGGCAGAGCCGCAGCCGCUUCAUCAAGCGUGUCUCCCUCGCCCUCGCCCUUCUCCUCCCCUGGCCGCAAUAUCUCCAUCUUCGAGUCGGACCGGGUCGUCCACUGGGGCCGCGAACUGCCCAAAGGGCUGCAGGACGUGCUGAGGGGGCGGGACGCCUUCAGCUGCCGUCGGAAGCGGAGGAUCUACCCGCCGGCAUCGGACUUCACGAUAUGGAAGUCGCUGACUCGGCAGGUCAGGGAGCUGGAGGAACGACUCAGGCGGCUGGCCGGGCCGGGACGGAUGUCGGUACGCGUACGCACAGAACGAUUCAGCAGAUAGUGCAUAUAUCCAGAGCAUGUGUCUGUGUGUGUGUGAGUGUGUGCGUGUUGUCUGUCGCUUGCGCUGCAGCUCUCUCGUCAUGACACCAUGAAAGGUGGGUGGGCAAGUGUGCAAAGACAGGGCAAGAGAGGGAGAGUCUCAUGAAUCGGAUGGUAUGGUGGUUUUGGUUUGUGUGCAGAAGAGCUGCGUACCCUCUUCAAAAAGACCACACGUACUUCAGCCCAGCUCGGGACCAGCGGGGCCGACGUUCAGGAGCUGCUGCAGCAGCAGCAACAAGAGCAGCCACAGGCGGCCCGCGAACAACUCACCCAACUCACCCAGGAGGACGGUAGACGGGGGGUGUCAUUCGUCUAUGCUGCCUAGCUGCGUCG